GCACGUGGUAGAGCGAUGGGUGUGCUGAGAAGGGCUGUGCCCGUGCCGUGCCCUCCGCGCCGCGGUCGACUCAGGUAUACCAGGCCAGCACGCGGCGCGCCAUUGGAGCUGGAGAAGAGGGCCGGUAGGUGGACUCCCACAGACUUUGCCUUCCUCUCUUCCGCAGUAGUGCAGUACCAAGACCAACCACUGUCCGGCAGGCUGUCGUCAUCCACCGGCCGGCACAUUGUGCAUGCACUUGCGCAUCGGAUCGCAUCAGCUGCUGCUUUUGUCCACCAAGCAACUAUUCCCUUUCCUUCCGCCGCCCAAAUGCCCUCGUGCCCGGCACCGGCACCGGCAGUGGCCACCUUCCUCCUCGUCGCGCUUCUCUCGUGCGGCACACGGGCCAUCCGGACGCACGGCGGCUAUGUCUCCGCGGUCGGGGACCCCGGCAUGCGGCGCGACGGCCUCCGCGUGGCAUGGGAGGCGUGGAACUUCUGCAACGAGGUCGGCCAGGAGGCCCCCGGCAUGGGCAGCCCCCGCGGUGCCGAUUGCUUCGAUCUUCUCGAGACGAGCUCCGACGAGGAGGGGCGGCCGGUGUACUCGGUGGCGCACCUGGUGAGCGACGCCGACAACCGCCUGGGCGCGGGCGACCCGUUCCCGGGGUCCCCGCCGGGCGCGGCCCGCGUCACGGACGCCGACCUCUACGCGCCGGCCAAGGAGCUGUACCUCGGCGACCGCUGCCAGGUGGCCGACACCCCGGCGCCGUGGCAGUUCUGGAUGGUCAUGCUCAAGAACGGCAACCUCGACACCACCGCCGCCGCCUGCCCGGAGAACGGCCGCCCCGCGCGCCCGUUCCCGCAGACGUCCCGCUUCCCGUGCCCCGCCGGCGCCGGGUGCAUGAACCAGCCGCUGCUGUUCCACAACCGCACCGCGCUGGACGACGCCGGCCGCCGGCUCCGCGGCGGCCUGUUCGGGACCUACGACCUCGACGCCGCCGCGGGUCUCGGCGCCGGCGACGUCUCCUUCUACUCCGUGACGUGGGAGAAGGAUGUGGCGGCGAGCGGUCGCGGCGGCGGGUGGGCAUUCCACCACAAGCUGUGCACGUCCACCAAGUACCCGUGGCUGAUGCUGUACCUACGGUCCGACGCCACCAGGGGCUUCUCCGGCGGGUACCACUACGACACCAGAGGCAUGACCAAGACAGUGCCGGAGUCUCCGGACUUCAAGGUGCGGCUGACCCUGGACGUGAAGCAGGGCGGCGGGCGCAACAGCCAGUUCUACCUGAUGGACAUGGGCAGCUGCUGGAAGAACGACGGGCGCGCCUGCGACGGCGACACGGCGACGGACGUGACGCGGUACAGCGAGAUGAUCAUCAACCCGGCCACGCCGGCGUGGUGCUCGCCGUCGCGGAUCGACCAGUGCCCGCCAUGGCACACCUUCCGGAACGGCAGCCGCGUGCACCGCCGCGACGGAGCCCGCUUCCCCUACGGCGCCUACCACGUGUACUGCUCCCCCGGGAACGCGGCGCGCGCGGAGCAGCCCACCACCUACUGCGACGCCUACAGCAACCCGCAGGCGCAGGAGAUCCUGCAGCUGCUGCCGCACCCCGUGUGGGGAGAGUUCGGCUACCCGACGGCCAGGGGACAGGGGUGGGUCGGCGACCCCAGGGCGUGGGACCUCGACGUCGGCGCCAUGUCCCAGGCGCUCUACUUCUACCAGGACCCCGGCACGCCGCCGGCCAGGAGGCGGUGGACGUCGCUCGACGUCGGCACGGAGAUAUACGUCAGCGACAGGGCCGAGGAGGCGGAGUGGACGCUCAGUGGCUUCGACAUCCUUGUGCCGGACAAGUGUAUCAAGUCACAGCAACGGGCCAGCAACAGCUGCUGGUAGACAGACACUUUAAUGUCACUGUACGUUACGCUGAGUAGCAUAGCAGGCCAAAGUGUUCUUCGUACUAGAAGAGGUGGUGUAGGAUGACUAUAUUACUCAUGUUAGUACUAACUAACUAUAAAAAAUAAAAUGAUGAUUAAUCAACUUAUUUCA